CUCUGAUUGGCUGGUUUCCGUAACACGGGAAGUAAAGACAGACAACAACAAGCUUUGUAUCUAUGGACAAAUAUGAUUGAUAUAGCGGGCUUUUCCUGACUCGUCUGGAAAGCGUGUUUGUUUGUAUUUUUUUUUUCUAACCAAAUUCAGCCUAAUUUCAACAGCGCCACAGUGUGAUCUGCUGUAAGCAGAAGCAACAUUAGCUUGUUUGGCUAACAGGUUAGCGGAUAAAGAGAAAACCCGAGCUUUUGCUUAACAUUUAACUUAUAUUAGAAAGCUGAUCUCGAUAUUCUGCAAGUUAAAAUUUUGCUGUGUAAUACACGGUGUACAGGUGAGUUAUGGGCGGGGUGCUGGGGGUGGGGGCAGGUGUCUUCCUCAUUGCCCUUAUAUGGAUAGGGACUCUGGUCCUUAGUCUCAUCAUGUCCCGUGCUGCUGUUGCAACCAGGCUUGGGAUUGUUCCCUUGGUGCUGUUGGCUCUAACCAUCACCUUGAUCCUUGUGCUCUUCCCUCGAGCCUCUGAAUUACCAUCUCCUGUUAAAGAAACACAGAUUGUGGACACCUUCUUCAUCGGCCGUUACGUGCUCCUGGCGGUAGCGACUGUAGUCUUCCUGGUGUCUCUAUUCCUUCUCUUACCCUUCCACCUCCUGGAGCCGGUAUAUGCCAAGCCCCUGAGACCCCACUAGACCAGGGCCACAGUUCCCUCAACAUCAGUGAGGCUGACUUCACAUGAGAGGCCCAUACAGAGAGGCUCCAGUGUUUGUCUGCUGGCCAGAUCAGAUUACUGGACCAUGUUCUGACUGAAAAAAGUGGACUACUGUAAAAACCAAGCUGCUACAGUAAAGGCAGAGAUAUAAUUUUGAUUAUCUCCAGUUUUAAGCCAUCAGAAAAUGUAUUGAGUUACUUUGUUGUUUUCAGGUGAUUGAAUAAAUUCUAAAAGCUUUGGACUACA